AGAAAAUUCAGCUUUUCUUUUUAUUGGAGAAAUGAGUGUAGCAGUGCAACUGCGUCGGAAUUAACCUGUCAACAUAAUGUAGCUGAAAGAGGUCGGAGUGUUUGUUUUUUAGGUUUGCUGUAGAGAAUAAGGAGUUAGUGACAGUAACGACAACUAAGUUCUAAAACUGGCAGUGACUGCUGUAGAACUAGCUUACAUUUACUAACGGUUUACUCUCAACGUUACUCUAACAGCGACGAACCGUAAAGUGAGCUGUUUAACCGUUUUCUAAAACCCCCAGAACCCUGUUUACUGAUGGCGGUUUGUUGUGGUGCGUGUGCCAUGGUGACACAGGGGUGGGUCUUUUCUCCUCUUUAGUUUUGCUGUUUUCAAGGCAACCGGCCCAUGCUGUGAAAUCUGCCCAUCAUGAAAUCCCUCAAGUCGUCUUGGUCAUCUCAUCUCCAGUAUCGACCCAUUACUGUGUUUGUACGAGGUAUUGCAUCCAAAUGCUUCCUGUUCCUCAGCACUGAAGAGUAAUCACUGAGUCUGUAGCUGUUACCUCUGGACUGCCACCAGCUCAAUGACUUCUACCACAAUUUGUAAACUUCCUCCACCAUGGUUUUGAAAGUGGCUGCAGAGCCAAAGAAACUAAAAAAGAUGCUAAAGGUUCCCAGGCCUGGCUGAAACAGUAACUGAAGUCAAAACAAAGAACUGGGGGAGGCUGCAAGGUGAAUGGAAACAAGACAGAACACCACAGCAGGGGUUCUGUUCUGGACCCCUGCCCCGGUCCACUCCUCACCUAAUAGCACUGCUGUAUCAGAGGAUGAGUGGGAUGAAGAGGAUGAAGAACAGGCAGAAAAAGAGGAUGACUUUUUUAGUCAAAUGGAUGAGAAUGGUAUCAUUGGACUGUCAGGGGCACUUGAAAAUGUGGAAUUGGAGGAAUGCAAUUCAGAUGGGUGCCCUGAAUCCCUCACCCCAGAGGAGGCAGAUUAUAGUGUGGCUGAGAGGGACACACCGUCUGAGGAGAUGAUCUACAAGCUGAAUGAGUUAAAAACGUGGUCAGAGGAUAUGGAGGUGAGGCAGAGAAUGGAGGAGCAGGUAGCAGAGCAUCUUUCUGAGUGGGAAAAACACCACGACACGACAGAUGAUGACAAAGAUGGAGAAGAAGAGAGAGGGAGGAGUGAUUGGAGUAAAAAGAAAUUUGAGCACACUAGAACAUCAGGGGAGCUUGGAAGAAAGCUGGCAGGACUCGCUGAAGGAUAUCGUGGUAAAGAAGAGAAUAAAGAGAUCAGGUCAGGACAAUCUUCUAGCAUUCAGCUGCAUGGUGUGGACAUUGUUUCCUGUCCAGCCUCCCGUUCUGCCUUACCCAUUGCCGCUUCCACUUUGCCCCAUCGUCUGCAUUUCACUGCCGAGGAAUUAAAUACUGCCCCAGGAAUUGAAGCUGAAACCUUUCCAGAAAUAAGCUUUACAGAAAGUUUUCAAGAGUCUAACAGUAGCCACAUGAGCCUCAACUCCAGUCCUCGCUGUCCCGAGAUAAAGCUUAGGGCUUCGCCUCAGCCAGCAGCAUUGUUUUCUGAACAGGUCAUCCCAAAUCAUUACAGGAGAUUAAGUAAUGGCCCUGGAAAAAAAUCAGGAAAGAGAGAUAAGGAGCAUAGUCACCCCACUCCCACACCGAGAAAGAUAAGGAAGCACUCUCCUGAGGCUGCAUAUUCAAGAACUCAUUCCCCCGGCACAGUCAGGCCCAACAAACAACAGAACACACGUCGUGACAGGGACGUGGUAACGCCUAGAACCAGGAGCAAUGCUGUUGCAGAGGACAAAUCUAGAAAGGGGCCUCUGAGUUACCACACACCAGACUUCUCGAAGGUCGAACCCAGAGUUCAUUUUCCCAAAGGCGGUUACAAGCCCCCCAAGAGCAGGCCCUUGUUAACGAGGAAGUCCUUAUCACCCGAGCCACCUAUAGUCUUCAAAUCCCCUGCUGAUAUAGUGAAAGAAGUCCUACUGAACACCGCUGGUGAAUCUCCUACCUCGCCAGAUUCUGACGGACAGGCAACCAGUGCAAUCAACGCUAUUGUGCCUCAGGAGUUCAGAUGCCACCAGCAGGCCACCACACUGGUCAAUCAGCUUCAGGAAGACUACGACAGACUGCUGACUAAGUACGCCGAGGCAGAGAACACCAUUGAUCGUCUGCGUCUGGAAGCCAAGGACAGAAAUUUAGAGAAUCAGCAUCCCAGGUCCAGGCAGGCUCAGCGCAUCAUAGACAGAGCAGUUAACCUGUACUCUGACCCACCAAAUCCCAGCCACUGCGUUCAAUCAGGACUAAACCGCGGUGCUUCAAAGUUGCUAAAAUUAGAUUUUCCUCGGGCUCAGAAACCCACGACAGAUCAGGGAAGUUCAGCUACCGGUCCUACCGAACCAGGCUCUAAGCUUGGACAGCAGCUAGCCAAUAUUCUGUUCAGCCAGGCCGAAACAUUUCUGCAGCAGCUGCAGACGUUUGAGGAUCUCCUUAAAAGCAAAAAACUUCAACCUUUUGAACAAACUGAGGGUAUGGCUCAGCUUGCCGAGGGGCUCGAAUCUUUGGAGAGGGGAUACUUGUUGGCGAGGGAUGAGCACAAACUCCUGCAGCAGCGAGGCAUAGAAAUCAGCCAGUUUGACCCAGAACGGGAGUUGGAGGGGCUGAUCUUUCAGUGUGGGCUGCGUACGGACGAGCUGAAGGAGCAGGUGGAACAGAUGCAACCGGAUCAGCCCACCUGGAUUACUCCUCCCUCUCCACCUCCUCAACCAACCACACCAUCUGCCCUCUCUGUGGAUGUUGUAACCUUCACUCACCCACAGGUCCUGCCUGUGCCUCUGCUCUCUGAGGCAGCGGAAGCAGAAGUGAGCUCAGCCUGUAAAGAGAACGAUGAAGAGAAGUCCGAGGGAGAGGAUGAAGAAACUCUCUACCUCAAUCCUCUGAAGGGCAAAAUUAAAAGUGUUGCAGAGGACUUUACCAUGGCAGUGAAUCACUACCGAAGCAUCAAGGAGCUUCCCAAACUUCUAGAGCGUAGCCUGAAUGAAGCAGUUCUCUCCUCUCCUGCUUUAAGAACUAACAUGCAGUCUGAACACAAGGACAGACAGGAAACUGGAAACAAUGAAGUCUGGAAAACUCUCUCUCAGAGGAAUGCACAAUCAGACCAUCAGGGAUAUUCUUCUGACGUGAACAAACAGCAAAACAGCAGGUCCAGUCCUCGUCCGGCCUCCAGCCGGCUCAUGAUGUUUCCUGUUUUUCGUCAGAGUAACAUAAAGAGGGUAGAGGUGGGAAAGUCUCACAGCAGCAGUCUGAGCAGCCUCGGAGAUGUAAAAGUGUCAGAGUUGAGGAGCUCCGAGGUUCAGGCUGGGGGCAGGAGAGUGUUUUCUCAGGAUGGUAUCAUCUCUCCAGAGACAGACAGCGGGUUUGUUGGUUCAGAGAGCAGCCGUCUAACUCCUGCAACAGCUCCCAGUCCUCUCCACCAGAGGGCAUCAGAGAGUGGUGUUCCAGUGCCUCAGGAAGGAAGCACGAGUCUUCAGACAGGCCGAGUCUUUGCACCAUCUCAUUUUUCCUCACCGUUGCACAGUCAUACAGCUAAAGACCUGAUUAUGAGCUCCCGACUUAGCCUCAGCCUCGACCAACCACAGAGAUGCAGAAGGGCAGUGAGGAGACGCACCUCCUCCUGCUCUCCAAAGCGCUGUGUCAAUCUGAGACAACAAAGGGUGGCAAGUGGCAGCAGUGAGUUUGGACUUGAAAGUGACGGCACUCACAUUGACUCUGAAGGUGAAAAGACUGACCAGUACAGCAAAUCUAUCAAUUUCCUCGACAGCUCACACUCAAGCUCUUCCACCACUACUCAGCACCACCAUUGCGAUUCUCCACGAGCAAGGAGUUCCAGUCAGAACUGCAUUGAUGCAGUCCAGAUACUGCAGGCUGAGGUAACCAAACUGAAGGAGAGACUAGAAGAUCGUCUGAGAAACAAGAAGCCUAUCAGCUCUAUUAGAUCAGCUCCAUCAACUCAGGAUAACAGCUCUAAUCAAAGCACCUCUUCAUCUUGCUUCAGGUCUAGAGAGCAACGGAGUGAUGUCAGUGCAGGGAAAAGAGAAACACAGAUGGUGGAAGAGGUUGCGGAGGAGUCCACACAGAGACGAAUAGCCAGGAGAAAAUCUGCUUCUAUAAACCAACAAAAGCCACAACAUGAUUACUUGACAAGAUCGGAGCUGCAGCCCUGUGCACCACAGCCUCAGGUGUCCAGAUGCACUCAAACAUCUGCAGCACUAGACAGCUGCUCUUCCCACACAACUACUGUCUACAGCAGGCGGACACAGCACAGGAAGCAUCCUGUUGUUUCUGUGUCUGAAAAAGGAGAUGAACCUGACAGCAGAAGAAGUCAAGCUCCUGUUUGUUCUCAGUGUUUGUCAUUUCACAGAGCAUCCCCUGAACGACCAGCUGGUGGCGGUAGAGAGAUGCUCCAUUCCUCCACUUGCUGCCAUCAAUGUCCUCUCUGUGGACGCCUCGAAUCAUACAAAGUCAUUAAGCCAGACAGUCACAGACUCUCCGACACUUCCACACACAUAAAGUACCAGCCAGCCGAGUCCCCUGAUGGAGCAGUGGGGAGCAGGUUCUUUGCAUCUGCAGCUCCACCUGCACUGCUGCAGUGCAUGCCAGUGUGCCCUCCACCACUCCUGUUGUACUCGUCCCCCCUCUACGCCUCUCCUAACAGAACUCCCAUGUCUUCCGAGGUCACUGGUCCUGGGGAGGUGAGGAGGAGGACGAAAAGACGCCCACUGUCUGUUGACAGGGAGCACUUGUUGGACAGCUCACUGAACAAAGCCAUCAGAGCAGCUCGACAGAUGAAACACACCUCCAGGCACAUGGCUGGCUCGUUGGCAUCUGGACUGCAGUACCAGGAGCUGCUCACUCAGUCCUGCAGCUACUAGUGUGAACUGUCAUCACAGGCACUAAGACUGAGAGUCAUUAACUGAAAAGCAGCUGCAGAACGAGGCACAAGCCAAAAGAACUGAGUCGGACCAAAGUGAAUAAAAAUCUCAAAUCCUCCUUGUAA